AUGUUUUUAGUCAAAACGAUCAAUUCAAGAGCUCCAUCUCAGGUAUUGAGAUCUAAUAUCUCAACAAAGUCAUUGAGCCGUCGAUUUUUGGCCACAAGCUCUCAGAAAACAUUUCCAACAGGAAACUACUUCAAAACUUUCGGUACGCAAAUACCAAAAGCAAUUGGAGCCUUAGGUGCAAUUGUUUUCUUUUUUUACCUUUUUCCAGCAGCGUGUAUUUACGUCAGUCAUGAGGUAAACAAUGCGUUCCCUGACGACACAUCUGCCGUCAAGGCAGGUAUUUUUGGUGGUAAUGCGGUAGCGACUAUUCCACAGACAUUUGCUCGUUACAACUUCGCAGCUGAAGAAGAGGAUGAUGACGAUGAAGAUGAGGACGAUGACGAAGAUGAAGACGACGAGUAA